CACCGGCAGAGAUGCCCCAUGAGUUCUUGAUGCUCCCGGGUGUUGAUUCACACCCAUCCGGAAGGCCCAGCCUCUCCCACGACUCCCCUGCAGGAGCUGAACUGGGUCUGGGAUGGAGCCAGAAGCCCCCACGGUGUCUGCGCUCGCCCGUUUGCCCUUCCCCUCCCCGCGUGGGGCUGCUCGGCUCUCCCUGAGGCUGCAGGUUGUGACAUGUAGGGCAACGCAGGCUGGCUCCUUGGCUCCGGCUCGGCUGGUGUUUGUGAGCGGGCGCGGGGGUGGGAGCAGGAAGCCGGGGCGGCGAUGGAUGGCUCAGAGUGGGUAAGCUGCGCAGCUGCGCCCUCUUCCCAUUGCUGGUGGGGGAGGCCCCGGGCCCCCUGGCCCAGUGCAGGGACCUGCCAGACCUUUGAGUGGGCGGAUCUGAGCCCCCCAGCGCCCAGGGAGGAUGUGGCUGGGGCACGGAGCUGGCUGAGGGACAGCUGGCUCUGCAGCACUCGUUCAGGGGGGGUUCUGCUGCCAAGGAGGAAGUUCCCCGGUAGCAGGGUCCCCCAGGCCGCGAGGGCUGAGCCAAGCUGCCCCUCCUUGGGCUUUGCAAACUCCCUACCAUUCCCCCCACACCGGUUCAGUCGUGUCUCCACUGAAUGUUUCCCGAGAAGGCGGGAGCCCCUGGGGCUGGCUCGAGGGGGCCAUACGCCCAGCGGAGCCACUGCAGCAGCUUUGCCUGUGUUCGUUCCGCUCCUUUCUCCCCAAGCGGCAGGAUCUGAUCCAAGCUGCUGAGCUCAGCCGUUUGCCUGGGCUGUGAUCGGCUGAGGGGUGCUGGCCCAGCAGGUCCUCCCGGUUCCCCCAGUCAUUGGGGUGACUCCGGACAUGGAGCUCGAGGACAGCCAGCGCUACGUGUCCAGCACUUCUAGCCACUCUGUGUGAUGCUGGUGCUGGGCCCUGUUCCAACUUUGCUGUAACCUCACUAACGAGCCCGCCCCUCCCUGGGCCAAUCUCACCCCUCACUCCCUGUCCGCUCCCCACUUCACCCCCCGGGCGGCUGGGCAGGGGGGCAGGGAGCAGGAUUUCAGCCCGUCCACCCUCUGGGACCAGAAGAGCCAGGCAACGUCGCCCGAGUUCCCAUUCUGCACUGGGUCCCUCUGGGAGAAGACGUCAACCUGCUAGAGGGGUGAUGCUCGUGGCCUUUCUGGGCCCCCAUCAUGCCAUGGGGACGGUCUGGGCAGAAACAGGCCUGGGCUCCCUACCCUGCUGUGGCGUCUGGCUAGGCGUUGCUAAAGGGCCCAUCACCUUCUUCUCUGGGCUGCUGCCGCGGAAGCUGAGCUCAAAGCUCAUUGGUGUCGUUGCUUCACAGAGGUCGGGGAUCUGCAUCCCCAUUUCCAGGCUGCCCCCAGACAACGACCCUGCGGUUUGGGGUGUUCUGAACCCAGCCCCAGUUCGGUGGCUGGUCUCAGACUCUGCCAGUCCCAGGGGGGCACUAACCCAUGAGGACCCCCAUCCCGCUACCGGCAAACCGAUCCUGUCCACCUAACGCUGCCCAUGCAGCCUCCCUGGGCCCUUAACAAGCCGUGGGCCAGGUCUGGGCACACAGCCAGGGCAGCUGGCAAAGCCCAGCCUCCGGAGUUGGCUGCACAUGCGCAUAGGAGAGAGCUGCUUUCGCUUUCCAUCCGACUGGGGUUUGCUCUGCCUGGGCUUGGUUGGCAUCGAUGUCCCACAGCUGGUUAGAUCCCCUGGGAUGGGCAGCUUCCCCAGCCCGGAGUUAGUCAGGGGCUGGACAGGCCACUGCGAGCCAGGCUCCUUGGGGCGGCGUCCAGCCAGGGCUGCUUGUCUAGGGUCCAGCAGCGGCAUUUCCUCCCCUCUCAGUCUCGCUGUUGCUUUUCCCUGGCAGGGUGGAGAGGAAGGAAGCUGGGUGGCUGCCGCAGAGUCGGUGCGCUCACGCCUGGGCUACAGCACGUAGGCUGGAGGAUCUCGAGGCGAGCUGACCCCCCGAUUGGCGCCAAGGCCGUGAGCCAGUGUCCUCGUGGGCAGAUCCCGGGCAUCAGUGACGUCUGGGACAAUCUAGGCUGGACCGAGGGCAGGGGCCCAGCGGCUGUUCCUGCCGGGGAGCCACCAUCCGCGUGGGGUCACCAUGCAGCGCACCGGGUCCCCCAUCGCCACAGAGACCGACAUCGACCUCACUGCCGCGCUGCUGCCUUCGGGGGGGACGCGGAGCCAUCAGCACGCCAUCAAGACGGCCGUCAGCGAGACGGGGGAGCUGCCCGCGCCGGGCUACGAGGGCCCCCCCCCUCCCGCCGGCUGCCGCUGCUGCAGCCUGGCUAAGCUGCAGACGGGACCCCAGCCUGGCGCCGGCUGCCGGCUCUGGAACACACCCUACCCCAAGCUGCCCCCAGGGUCCUGCCUGGGGAAGGGCUUUGGCCAGUCCACUCUACCGUUCAGCUUCGGGACCAGCCCUGCGCCCCUGCCCCAAGACCCCUGCCUGACACUGCAGCCCAGCGAGCUGCCCGCCGGGAUGGCCAGGCUGAGCAGCGGGCCUGGGGGAGAGCCAGGGAGGUGUGGAGGCCUCAAAGGUCUGGAUCUAGAGCUCUGGGAGGGCCCAGAGACCAAGCCGUGGCUGGAGGACGGGACGGCUCCCCCCUCAGCCUUGGAAAAGCCCCCCAUCCGAGAAGGCUGCUCCCCCUGGGCUGAGGCGCGGCUCUGCCUGGCAGAGCCGGGAUGGGAUGUGUCUCCACCAGAGAGUUGCCGUGGGCUCCGGGAAGAGCAGGGCUGUGCAGGCGUUCCUCCCAGCGCAGCUCUCGGCCUCUCCGCGGGCAAGGCGGGCGCACGCCAGACUGAGGGUGCAGGCCGUGGGCAUGACCCCUUGGCGUCGGAAAUGGCAGCUGAGCCGUGGCGGGACGGCAGCAUCGUGCUGAGCGAGGCCACGAGGGAGCCGGUGAUCGGCCGGGAAGGGGUAGGGGACAUGCCCCAUGCAGUGGGGAGUGGGCUGGCCCCAUGUGCCCCCCCUGAGCCAGAGCCAGAGCCCCCCUCAGCAGACCCACAGGGGGAGGAGCUGCCGCCAGAAGGUCCUGGCAGGACAGAGGAGGCGGCAGUUAUGAGAUGGCCCCGCGGCACUGAGCUGGGGAGGCAGCCAGGGACCGGGAGCUCUGUUGGCUCAGCCAGCCCAGGCUGUGAAAGCAGCAAGCCCGUCUCUCAGGAUCCAGCCAGCCAGGCCCAGCAAAUCGGGGACCUGUGGCCCGCGGGUGCCAGCGCUCCCACUAAGACGUCCGUGGAGGAUGCCUACGGGAGGCUCACCAAGGCAUGCGGCUUGUCCCUCCUGGAGGAGCUGAGACGGACGUUUCUGGACGCCGAGGGUGGCUGCUUUUCGCUCCUGGAUUCGGGCCUGGUCUUGGGACGAGUGGAGAAGCAUGCGGCGCUGGGGCUGGCCAUCCUGCCCAUGCGGGAUGGGCGGAAGCUGGCCACGACCCUGCCCCACUGCAGCCUUUUCCUGUACUACGCGCUGGGCCGGCAAUUUUACGUCAUGGAGAAGCUGGCCGAUAGCUGGUUCCGAGCGCGGGACCGGGUCACCGGGGAGAGCAUGCUGAUGAAAAAGGUGCCCGUGGUGUCCGACUGGAGGAAGAUGUUACACAAUUUCCUGUUCCUGCCCCCUCACCCCACGUUGCUGGUGCCCUACGCCGUCCUGUACGACCGCAGCGGCUCCAUCCUCUACCUCAUGGAGGACAGGGACGUGCGCGCCGUGGGGCGGCCGCCUGAGGGGCCCGGCCCGGAGGGAACUCGAGCCCUGCGGGAGGUGCUGAGCUUCCUGAGCUUCUGCAAACGCCACCACUUCCACCCUGGGGACGUCGGCACGGCCUUGAUCUACACGGCCCAGGGUGUCUGCUUUGACCCCAGCAGCCUGUCCAGCAGCGAGGACCCCUACACCUUCCGGAAGAGCAUGAAAACCUGCCUGCGCCCACUGCUGGCCCAGCACCAGGGGCUCGCAGGCCUGGACUCCCUGGUGGACAGCAUGUGCCAGUACCUGGAGGAAGAGGAGAACCCAGAGCCCGGCGACACGCCAAGCAGCAGCCCCAAGUGAGCGGAGCCUAGGCCCCACGGCUGCCCCCCACCAGAGCGAGACGGGCUGCAGAAAUGGGCGCGUCCCUGGAGUGCCUGGAGGCAGAGCGCUGGGAUCCAGCUGUGGACGCUGCUGGCAGGGGCAUCACAGGGUGGCUGGGUGGGUGCCCAGGUGUGGGGUGCACAGGGGGUACUUGCAGCAAUCGGGUUCUGCUCCCUGGAGAAACGGGCUCAUUUGCCAGCCCACCUUGUUCUGAACAGCCGGGGGGCGGGCGCAGGGUGUUGGGGGGAUGUGGGACCGGUCACCCUGCUCUGGGCUGGGCCUUUGAUGAAUUCUGCGAGGUGAGAGGAAUGACACUGACUGUGCUGGACCCUUGACUGCAGGAGCCCCACAAACCCUGCAGAUGGGCCCCGAACCCCCUGGCUCAUCGGCAAGCCCCCCAGUCCUGGCCAGGGACCCGUGAACAUUUCACUACCCGUGUUCCCAAAGAAGACAGGCCUGGGACCCGAGAGCGCCUGGCUCCACAUUUGGCCUUCACCUCCUCUCGUCACCGUGUUGUGCCUCAGUUUCCCCACCCCCCCGUGGGGGGAUGCUGCUUCCCCCCUGCCAAGUGCCUUCAGGAUGCACAGCCCUGCAGGUGGUCCCUGGUAAUUAGCAUGAGGUAACAAGGCUCAGCGUAGGAUCAGGGGAAAUGGACGGGCUCACAGGCCGGCCGGCUGGGGACUUAGGGAAUUGGGCAGGUGCUUCAAGGACUCACUUUUAUAACUAUGCAUCGCAACCUUUGUAAUAAGUGUAUCCUUCCGCAGCAGAAAAUAGUCCUUUGACAUAUAUAUAUUUUGGCUGAA